AAUUACUAAAUUUUACCUUGAUUUUACUCGAUUAGGGCACUGAUAUAGCAUAUAAAACUAUUUAUUUUAGAAGUAUAUUAAACUAAUUAUAUUUGCUUAAAAAAUUCUACAAAUUUGAUUGCUUUUUUUCGUUUGUUCUAUAGAAUCACAACCUCAUUAAAAGCUGUGGUUAUUUUAGAUAUUACUUUACAAAAUGCUUUCAAGAAUCUUAUUUAAGGCUGGCCGUCCAGUAAGUUCGUGCGUGCGCGUUGCCGCUCGUAUGUCUUCUUCUACACCAUCCACAUUGCAAGUUGUUGACAAAAAUUAUCCAGCGCGAGUACAGGAUUGGGAAAACUUUAAAAUGCCCGGAGCUCCUUAUGAAGGAAUGGGACCUUUACCACCAGUUCCUGACUUUGAUGAAAACUCAGUCCGUCAUUACGUCAUUCCUGAAUAUUGGUUCGAUUUCUUGUACCCAAGAACUGGUGCUACUGGUCUGUACACCUUAAUGGCUGGAUUUUCCGCCAUGCUGGUGUCAAAGGAAUAUUUCAUCUACACACCUGAUACUUGGUAUGCAGCUACACUGCUAUUAACUGUAGCUGGUCUUAAUAAGAUGGCAGGCAAAGAUAUUAGAAACCUGUUUGAUAACAUGAGGACUGAUGAAUUGAAAGCAUUGGACCAAGUUAAGAGUGAUCAGAUGGAAGAUUUAAAACAAACUGUUGAUGAAAUUAAACUUGAACAGUGGAGAUCUGGUUCUGCAGAAAUGAUCAACGAUGCUUUGAAGAACAACCUUGCUAUGAUGCUUGAGACGGAGUAUUUAAAUCGACAAGCUGCAGUUGUUGAAGCUGUUAAGCGAAAGUUGGAUUACCAGGUUGAAGUACAGAAGGUAGACUCCCAACUUGCCCAUGGUCACAUGGUGAAGUGGAUUGAAGAAAAAGUGAUGAACACGAUCACACCCGCUUCUCAAAAGGCAACACUAGCGGCUUGCAUUGCUCAACUUAACGCGAUGCCAGGAAAAUAAGAAGUUAUUGUUCAGUCGUUCAUUCUUUAGUUUGUUCCGUGCUACACUGGCUAUAAGUUCACUUUGUGUCAAAUUUUCAACAAAUUUUACGACUUUUCCCGAUAUUUCCGUAUGGAUAUUUAAAAAUAAUUUCAGUUGUAA